UUGAGACCCAUAAAACUCUAACAACCUCAAUAUUUGGAACAUUAGCACGUGUCAAUUGAGUUAGUUUGAGCAACAUUUUGGCAUUGAAUUGGCCAUGAAAUCUUGAUCAUGAAUGUGCCUUUUUUUUUCCUCCCCUCCCUUCUCUCAUACAAUUGAAUUCAAAAAGGAGGUUACAGUAUAUUAUCAAGUAAAAGCUAGAAGAAGAAAAUGGGAAGCCCACCUGAGAACCCAGAUCUAUCGUUUCCGCCAGUAGAUAUUGAUGGGGAACUGAAUCCCGGGCAUGAUACUAAUUUUCAUGAAGAUCCUAUAUCAUCAGAAGUGUCUGUCACAAAGUAUUUGAAGGAACAAGAAGGGAUCCAACAAAAGAAAAAGGAAAAGAAAAAGAAGGAUGCCUUGCAAACACUAAAAUCAGCCAUUAUUGUUUCAGGCAUAGUUGUGGCUGUGGCAGGUGUUGCCUUUGCCAUAACCAAGAAGUUAAGAGAGAAAUGAGCUUAUUUCUUCACCCCCCAAGAGAUGAUGUGGAAGAGUAUAGACAUUUUUUCGGUUGGUCUCUUCCCUUUUAUAUAAAUUAGUUCACAAAUAAUUCCUCAGCCCCAACAAUAUUAAUGUUGAAAUGAUCAUCAUGUAUGCUUUUUGCGAUGUACCUGAUGGUUCACAUCUGAGAGUAAUUAGUUACAUGUAUUUUAUUUAGAUACAUUUUCAAUGAGCAAUGGUUACCACGAUGUUCAAGCUUGUAUGUAUUAGAGAACUACGAUGUUGGGUGUGCAAAUUUAUGCACCUAAUACUUUUAUGAAUAUCUCAUAUUCUCAAUAACAUACAAAAAUGUUAAAUUUGAAGUUGAAUAGAUAAGA